GGCCCUUUGUGCUCCCAGCAUGCACCAGCCUCUCCUCCGCGGGAAACAAAAAUGGCGAGCGGCUGCGGUGGAGCCGGGCUGUCCGUGAGGCGGGUCUGACCCCUCCCCCGCCGCCUUGCCGCCGCUGCGUCGUGGGGGCCGCGCUCGGGGGGUCCCGUCGUUCACCCAGGGCCGGGCCGCCCCGGGGGGGAGGCUUCUGAGCUCGGCAGUUUCCCUGUAUGAGGCGGUUGGCACCACUGGAGAGACCGAAUGAGAGACUCUACAGCGGUGGGUAAUUCACUGGUCCAUAAGCGGUCUCCUGUACGUCGAAGCCAUAAGAGCUCAGCAUCUCUGACCAAGCAGUCGUUACGUGAUGGACAGAAAGCCAAAAAGCCACUGUGUAAAUUUGAAGAAGGUCAGGAUGUCCUAGCUAGAUGGUCAGAUGGCUUGUUUUAUCUUGGAACUAUCAAAAAGAUAAACAAACUGAAACAGAACUGCUUCAUUAUAUUUGAAGACAGUUCCAAAUCCUGGGUUCUCUGGAAGGACAUACAAACAGGAGCCACUGAAAGUGGGGAAAUGGUCUGUACAAUAUGUCAGGAAGAGUAUUCAGAAGCACCGAAUGAAAUGGUUAUAUGUGAUAAAUGUGGGCAAGGUUACCAUCAGCUGUGUCACACACCAAAUAUUGAUUCCAGCGUGAUUGAAUCAGAUGAUAAAUGGCUCUGUCGACAGUGCGUUUUUGCAACAACAACAAAGAGGGGAGGUGCGCUUAAGAAAGGACCAAAUGCCAAAGCACUGCAAGUCAUGAAACAAACAUUACCUUAUAAUGCAACAGACCUUGAGUGGGAUGCAGGUCAUAAAACCAAUGUCCAGCAGUGUUAUUGCUAUUGUGGAGGACCUGGAGACUGGUAUCUAAAGAUGUUGCAGUGCUGCAAAUGUAAGCAGUGGUUUCAUGAGGCUUGCGUGCAGUGCCUCCAAAAGCCAAUGCUUUUUGGUGACAGGUUUUAUACAUUCAUUUGCUCAGUUUGCAGUUCUGGACCAGAAUACCUCAAACGUUUACCCUUGAGAUGGGUAGAUAUAGCACAUCUAUGCCUUUACAACCUAAGUGUUAUUCAUAAGAAGAAAUACUUUGACUCAGAGCUUGAACUCAUGGCCUACAUUAAUGAAAACUGGGAUAGAUUGCAUCCUGGUGAGCUGGCAGAUACACCAAAAUCUGAAAGAUACGAGCAUGUACUGGAGGCAUUGAAUGAUUACAAGACCAUGUUUAUGUCUGGAAAAGAAAUAAAGAAAAAGAAACAUUUGUUUGGCUUGAGAAUUCGUGUUCCUCCUGUGCCACCAAAUGCUGCUUUAAAGGCUGAGAAAGAACCAGAAGGAACUUCUCAUGAGUUCAAAAUUAAGGGCAGAAAAUCAUCUAAGCCAAUCCCUGAUGUGAGGGAAUUAAGUAAUGGUAUAGAAAGAAAGGGGAAAAAAAAAUCAGUAGGUCGUCCACCUGGUCCCUAUACAAGAAAAAUGAUUCACAAGACUCCAGAGUCAUCUGCUCUGGAUAAUGAACCAGUUCCAGUGAUAGAGAACCCAACCUUGGAAUUACCCUGCACUGUUGGGAAAUCUGAUGGAACUGCGCAUUCAUCCAAUACCUCAGAUGUGGAAUCCACAGGUGCUGCCAGUAUGAAAGAAACUACCUCAUCUAGCAUUUCCAGACAUUAUAGUUUAUCUGACUCAAGAAAAAGGACUCGUACGGGAAGAACUUGGCCUGCUGCAAUACCACAUUUGAGAAGAAGAGGUCGCUUUCCUCGAAAAGCACUCCAGACUCAAAACUCAGAAAUUGUAAAAGAUGAUGAGAGCAAGGAAGAUUACCAGUAUGAUGAACUCAAUACAGAGAUACUUAACAACUUAGCAGAUCAGGAGUUACAGCUCAAUCAUCUAAAGAACUCGAUUACUAGCUAUUUUGGUGCAGCAGGUAGAAUAGCUUGUGGGGAGAAAUACCGUGUUUUGGCUCGUCGGGUGACCCUUGAUGGAAAGGUGCAGUAUCUUGUGGAGUGGGAAGGAGCAACUGCAUCCUGACUGUAGGACUGAACAUUAUGUUCACUGCACUGUCAUAUGUAAGUACAGUUCAUAAUGCAGAGCCUCGAGAGAAACGUGUCUUUAAAUGUGUUUCUGAAAAAAAAAACAAAACAAAACCAGUUUAGCCUUAACAUGUAAUUGUUAUCAUUACAGCUCUUGUGAUAAAGACUUAUCUUUUUAAAAUCUGAUCUGAAACUUAAAUUUUUUAAUCUGAACAUUGUUAGAUUGCUUUAGGUUGGGAUAUUUUGGGUUACAAUUGCUUAAAAAUGUGCAUGGUGUUUUAAAAAAAAGAAAAAAGACCUUUUCUAGAGAACAUUCCAUGGAUACAGUUAUUGUGAUUUAGAGAAAAUACUAUGUAGAUAGCACAAAUUUUGAGAAAUUUUGGUUUGUUUUCUUACCCAAAUGUUUGCAGAAAUGUAUUUCUAUUUCAAUACUUUCUAGAUUUCAUAAGUGCAGUGUAUAUAAUGCCUACUGAUGACUGUAAAAUACUGAAGUUUUCUUUCGAAGUGUAAAAAAAAAAAAAAAGAAAAAAAAGAAAAAUAUAUUGAGCCUGUAAAUUGCUCUGUGACCAGACUUCAUUGUCUUCUUAAUAUAUUCUUUGUGUGUAUGUGUGUGUGUGCGUGCAUAUGUGUGCAUAUAUACAUGUGUAUAUAAGCGCACACAUACUUGUGUGUGUGAAUAUAUAUGUGUGAUUGUGACCUAUGCAAUACAAAUUAUGGGAUUGGGCAGCUUCUGAGAAAACAUCCCAUAAUUCUUUUUUCAGGAAUAGUUGCCAGUAUUUACACAGCAGCAUUUCUUCUCAGGCUUAUUGGGUGCUGUUGCUUUCUAUGUACUAAGGAAAAGUGUCAAACCAGUGCAGCGUGUUCUGGCAAUGGGUGCAGUCAUUGAUGUUCAUAUGCUCUAGGUUAUAUAUUCCAUUAUUUUCCAUGUGAAUUAACUGUUAAAUAAUGCAGGAUCUGAACAUUUUGAAAUUAACUCUGCUAGAAAUAACAAUUUGGAAGUUCUUGUGGCACUCUGAUUGUAAAUUCUGUGUCCCAGUUGUAAACUAAGUUGACAGCAGUCACACACCAGAUUCCUACGUAUCUGUAGAAACAGUCAUAUUUUGAUAAAUGUAAUAUGAGCAAAGUGUAUUAUUGCACAGGGUCAACAAACAAUUUGUUGCCAUUUGAAGUAACGUUACUGAUUUUAUUACGACAUUACCUCUUUUGUUCUUAUGAAAUGCACCAAGUUUUAAAUAGAUAAGUUGAUUUUACUUGUUUAAAAGAAAAGUCUCUUGCCAGUAUUGGGCAUUUUCUUUGCUACUUUUGAAGGGGUUUUAGCCAAAGAGUAAACAGAAGAAUACUUUUACUUAGGUGGUUAUUCAGUGUACUGCAUAAGGUUAGUUUUCUUACUAGCUUAUGGUUUGCCACCAAACUAAAACAAUGUAACAUUUACAAAUGACAGAGUGUUUUAAAGUGUACUGCCUGAGUUCGUAUUUAUUCCUUUACUUGAUUAUUUGACUUUUUUUCUGCUCAUCUUGAACAUCUUGAAAAGGUGAAUUUUUUUUUAAUAGUUGUUUUUCUCCCUUUUUUUUUUCCUUUUUUUCCUUUUAUUUUAUUUUUCCCAUGUCACCUUAUAGCCAAAGGAAGCAGAGAAAGCUUUUUACCCUGUGCUUGGCUUAUGGCUGGCCAGGUAAUAGUAGCUUUAUAAAAAAUGCUAAUUAAAACCUGCCACUUCUGUUUACCUUCACUAAAAUGUGCGUUUUCUCACACCCUCAGCUAUUAAUUUAAUGUUGCCUUGCCUAUAGCUGCAAUAUUUUGAUAACACAGCAACUUCAUGUUAAUUUUUGAAUGUUUGUAUCUUGGGAUAAUGCAAACUGUAAAGCCUUUGUAACUUAACCCACACCAUCUGUACCUGUCUAUUGUUUCACUUUAUCCAAGUCCUUUAAUUCUAACUGAACACCAGCAGUAUUUUUCAUAAAGCUUCAUUUAAAGAUAAAUAUUGGAAUGUACUUGGGGACUUAGUGAAGGGGGAGAAAAUAUUUGUCAAACUUAAGCUGUCCGUAGACUUAACUAUUGUGAAUGUCGUUUCAUUUUAUUAUGGUGGUUGACUUGACUCUGAUGUUCAGUUUGUAUUUUCGGAAUUGCUUUUUUCUUAGAAUUAAAAGACCAACAUUAAAUGUGUGUAUUUUUUGAGAGAGAAGAACGAGUUUUGAUUCUGUAUUCUUGUGAAGUAUGUACUUGGUGGCAUUCUCCCAUCUGUUGUUUCUCUGACUUUGCUGUUGUUGUCCUGGAGGCACUUGCCCUGCACACAAACACUAACUAGUGUUCCAGCUAUGGUUGAGGGAUGCUUUGCUACAAGGGGUCCUGUACUGGGAAAUGCUGCAGUAGUGCUGAUGAAGAUACAGCUAGAGUAGCAAUUAAAGCACACCUACAAAUGCCUUUCUCAUUGUAUGUGAAUUUCAUUGCAUGUAGUAAUGGAGUCUCUAAAGGAAAAAUACAAAUGUUGCUGUAUGUAACAGUUUCAUUUUGGUAUGACUUGAUCAUUGUGUGUAUGCAUGUGUGUAAAUAUAUGUAAUUCAACUUU